AUGUCCCUCAGAAUUGCUUCCUUUCUGCUUGCCCUUUGCUUUGCAGACGCGUCAUUGAAGCACAACAAGGCUCCAAAGCAGGUGCUCGCGUUGGAUCACGAUGGCCAAACACAGUGCAAAGCUCUGGCACACGCCCUGCGUGCGUUGCGCUCUCAGCGUGUCUCAGUGCUCAAAGCAUCCUUUUAA